ACGCGGCUCUCUCCCCCCGACAGCAGCGAUGAAGUAUUUGGUGAUCGUGUUUCUGGCGGCUGCCGCUUGCGCUUCUGAAGUGGAGAAGCGAGAGGCGGAGCCUAGUACUGGUUACCAUAGUUCUGACUUAUACCACCCCUAUGGCAGCCAUGGUAGCUAUAAGAGCUACCACAAGAGGUCUGCCGAGCCUGAGGCAGAACCUUCCUACGGGGUCCAUCAGAAAUCUAAAUAUGAUCAUUCCUCCUACCCACCGUACCACGUCCAUCCCUACCACAAGAGGUCUGCCGAGCCUGAGGCAGAACCUUCCUACGGGGUCCAUCAGAAAUCUAAAUAUGAUCAUUCCUCCUACCCACCGUACCACGUCCAUCCCUACCACAAGAGGUCUGCCGACCCUGAGGCAGAACCUUCCUACGGGGUCCAUCAGAAAUCUAAAUAUGAUCAUUCCUCCUACCCCCCGUACCACGUCCAUCCCUACCACAAGAGGUCUGCCGACCCUGAGGCAGAACCUUCCUACGGGGUCCAUCAGAAAUCUAAAUAUGAUCAUUCCUCCUACCCCCCGUACCACGUCCAUCCCUACCACAAGAGGUCUGCCGACCCUGAGGCAGAACCUUCCUACGGGGUCCAUCAGAAAUCUAAAUAUGAUCAUUCCUCCUACCCCCCGUACCACGUCCAUCCCUACCACAAGAGGUCUGCCGACCCUGAGGCAGAACCUUCCUACGGGGUCCAUCAGAAAUCUAAAUAUGAUCAUUCCUCCUACCCCCCGUACCACGUCCAUCCCUACCACAAGAGGUCUGCCGACCCUGAGGCAGAACCUUCCUACGGGGUCCAUCAGAAAUCUAAAUAUGAUCAUUCCUCCUACCCCCCGUACCACGUCCAUCCCUACCACAAGAGGUCUGCCGAGCCUGAACCAGAGGCCGACCACAGCUCCAGCUACGUCCCCCAGCCCUUUUACCAUCACCCCAACCAUCACUAUGGUUACCACUAAGCCCGUGACAAUGACCACGCCCACCAGCAAGACACCAGGACCCACCUAGACUUCUCCAUGAUUCUCAUAUACUCUAUGAUAGAUUAAAUUCCCUUAUUUCUUCUUUGCGAAAUUUUGAAAUAAAUCGUAUUUUGGGA